AGUCAAUACCACUGGAUGAUAUUUCAGAGUAACUAUGGUAGCAGCCUGUUGAUACCCCCGCACAACUCGACCAUUGCGUGUCCAGAAAGGAGCCCAUGUUCCUUUGUUGUCCAGACAGUUAAAUCUCAAAAUCGUUCGUGUGAAUUAAAGUUGAACUACUCAGAUAUAAGUGUAAAUGUAACGGCAUCGCCGACCAAUGAUACAGAAAUUUGCAAAUACAACGUUACGUACCUGCCUGGUCCAUCUCAGCAAAGGCCGACUCAGAUCUGUUUCAAGACCGAUGAUGACGUUAUUUCUGGAAACAAAGGAUGUACAAAUAUUGACGUGUAUUCAGCUCAACAAGCAGAGUCACAAAAUAGUCCUUGCAGACAAUUACAUUGUUUAAAUGGCGGUUUGUGCUACUCGUCGAGCAAUAUUGCUAAAUGCGUAUGUCGACCAGGUUUUGAAGGAGAAACGUGUUUAAACGAGGACAAGUGUUCAAUCGCAAAUGUGCCAAUAGAAAUUAUAUGCAGCUCGAAUGCUACGUGUCAAAUACAUUUUCUUACAAUCGGGAGAUCGACGAACAUUUCCGUAACAACUAGUGGUAUUUUAGUGCAAUUCACAUCAAACCAAAUAGACCUAUCAACAAAAUAUACGACCUUGACCUUUUUAAAUCCAGUGAACGACUUGAACGUUUGCUUUUCGAUUAAUGUAAAAGGAACGACCACUGCAAUAAGCUGCUCAGCAAGUCCAUGCACAACAAUAAAAAUCCAUCCGUUGAAACCAUUCGAGCCUGGGAGCAUCACUUCCUAUACCAGUGCAAUUGAUUGUUUAGCAAAGCCCGGCUCGAAGGAAUGUCAACCAAUGGUGAUUUCUAGCAAACCACUACCAAAUGGAAAAUGUCCACAGCUAAGUGUGCAUCCGGACACAACUCUCCAGGACGUUCACGUGUUCGAAAACACACUGGUAGAUAUGGAACUGUGUGUAGCAACUGUGGUUUCGUCACUGGGCAACCAGGAUCAACAUAGUUUAUGUUUGAUGUCUGAAACAAAUGACGUGAAGUGUUUGAACACAACGAGUUCUACGUCAGAAUGUAACGAGCCGAAAGUGGUAGAGCAUGCUCGGGUAAUGGCGAGCACUGGACACACCAGAUGCACAUGUAAAAUUGACGGCAAUGAUGUGACAGUCAUCAAGAAGAAACCGGUCGUACAGAAACAACAACUCAUUAAAUCAGCUGGAGCAGGCGCAGGGGGAAUGGCCGGGACAAUGGUUAUUGGUCUUGUGGUUUACAUGACCAUCGCCAAAAUAAAGAAAAAGGCACAAGUCAACAACGUCGCGGAGCGAGAAGUUUUAAGUCCGCCACCGAAAGUACGGCCUCUCUCGGCCACGAGGAUCUUUCCGACUCGAGCAAUGCUAAACCGACCACCCCCACCGAAGAAUACUGACUUUUGAUGUUUAGUUUAUCAUUGAGGAUUGAUUAUAUGUACACUUUAUGUAUGGGACAGUUUAGCAUAUCGGUCAAAUAUACAAUCAAAAUUACAGUUCAUUGUAAAGUAAAGCGUAAUAAAUACUGGUGUAACAUUCUUGCAAUAGCGUAUAUUAUUUUAGCACUGUAUUUAAUGUUUAUAUGCUUAAAUUUGAGAAUAUGUUUAUGUUUAAAUUGUGAUUUUCGUUAAGUUGUAUUUUCUUGUGUUGGUAUUUUUCAGAAACACGUAUAUGUCUGCAUCAAAAUUA